ACGAGACGUUUCCUGCUUCCCCUCCCCCACCACUUCUUUCUAUACUACUCUUGGUUUCAAUCCAUGUUUCUGUUCCUUGCUCGGCCCUCUUCUUUAUUUGUAUCUCAAGUAUCAAUUGAUUCUGUUGACCUGCGCUCGGAAGAUUGAAGAUUGAAGAUUGAAGAUUGAAGAUUGAUCCCCAAUACGUUUGCGGCAUUCCUAACAUUCUGAGUGUAACGAAGUGUCAAGACCGACCCCGAAAACAUCAAAACAUCAAUUGCGGUCCACGAACAGAAACGGAAUAUCUGAUACGAUAUUCUAAAAUAUAUACUUCCUCUCCUCAAUCUCGCUCCAUUCGAAGAACAACCAAAAAUAAAAUAAUCAUCCCGACAGUCGCAAAAAUGCGACCAUCAUCACCACUCUCGCUCCUUCUAUUCCUCCAACUCUCAACCGCAUUCCCAGUGGACCCACGAAUAACAUCUCAAUCCCAAAAAUGUUUGAAUUCUCCAUCCUGCACCUCUCUCCGCUCUGCUAUGAGCACUCUCUCUUUCUCCCUCUCUCAUCCGAAACCCAGCGAUCCCCGAAAUCCGCAUUUUCCAGAACAUCAAAAACGACCUCUGGUAACCUUCGUCAAACCAACCACGACCUCUUCCUCUUCUUCCUCGGACGAAGAAAAUUUCGCCCAAGAAGGCGCCUUCGAUAAUGCACCAAUGACACCUUCAAAAGAUAUCCCCGCGGAUGAAGCACUUUCUGCCAAGGCCCCGCUCAGUACGGAAUAUCUCCAGAGUUUGACGAAAACGGUUGACGAAGACGAGGCGAGACCUAGUAUGCCUACUUCUGCACUACCUAGUUUGCGCAAAGAAGACGCGCGCAAAUAUUGGGAGGGGGAAAAUGGGAAGAAGAUUAUCGGUGGAGAAAAGCCAGAAUGUGGAGAUUCGAGAAUGUGGCAUGGAACUGCUGUGGGUUACAGAAGUCGAAUGACCCAUUUUGAGAUGGGGAGUAGAAACGAUUUCAUGGUUGUGGGGAUCGUGGUCAUUUUCUUAUUUGUGGUUUUUGCGUUAGAGGUUAUGGACAGGGUUGGGUGAGUUUUCUUCUGUUCCAUUGAUUGCUGGGCUUGGAGUUUGGCUAAUAUCUGCAUAGAAAUCGAAGUUCGAAAAGAGGGGAAAUCUUUCUUGAAGAUGAUGAGACGUAUGCUUUUAUCGUUAGGAAACCGAGACACUUUUUUGAGCGAGAAUCUAGAUGCAAAUGCGCGCAAGUAACGGAGUAUAAGGAAUAUAAAGAUGAUGAGACGAUUGUGGCGGAGGAUUUCAAUGGGGAUGCUGAGAGAAAGAUAUAAAUUCAGCCCAUUAGGGAAUUUCUUUUGUAUUACAGGCAGGCUAAUUGGAUAAUGGUGUUAUAAUAUCAGGAAGGGAUAAUUAUGGUGCGGAAAAAGAAGCACGAUCGGCGUUCGUAGCAUGGUUAUGGGACAUGAUGAUUCUGGUUGAGAAAUCCAUACCAUACUGAAUGAAGGACGGAUUGGUGGAUUGGAUGCUCCUCAAGCGUAGGAUUUAGCAUGAGCAACAGGAAGAGAAUUAAGACUGAACAAACAGAUUUCAUAUCAGUCGUGAGUUCAUGACAAUGACAUAGCGGUAGUGGUUUUUUAUGAGCUCCUGAAGCCACCCGAUUAAAUACUAGGUAUUAUCUCCAUCUCGUAAAUUAGCAGAACGUUCACGUUCAUUCAUGCUAUCUUACAUUAACAUUUAAAAC